CCCCCUCCAUUCUAUACAGGCGCAUGGUCCUCGACUUCUAGCUGGGCCUCAUUCGUGUCACUUCUACCUUUUUUUUUUUUAUCCCACCCGCCGAUCGACACCCCGAUCGACGCCAUGGCCGCCAAAAAGUCCGCCAGACCUCCUACGCCGGAGAGCUCGAGUAGCGCGUCCAGCAGGUCGAGCUCCCCUGAGACAACCAAGAAGUCUACGAAGCCGGAGAAAUCAGACGAGUCGAGCUCGGAAGAUGACAGCACAGGUAGCUCUGGGGGCGACUCUUCGUCGUCGGAGGACGAGAAGCAGGACCAUGCGACGGACGGACAGUCCAAGGACAAACAUUCCUCCAAGCCCGCCUUCCUCCCACCCCAACCCUACAAGCCCCCCACCGGAUUCAAGCCCAUCAAAAAGCAAUCCCCCCCGUCCGCAACCACCACCUCCCUCCUCUCCGACCUCCGCGGCAAGCAAGUCUUCCACGUCACGGCGCCCUCCUUCCUCCCCAUCCACAAAGUAAAGGAGAUCUCCCUCGCCAAGGCCCUACAAGGCGAACCGAUCCUCACCCACGACGGCGUCCAGUACGGCAUCCCUGCAAACAGCACCGGCCAAGACGACACAGCCGGCAAAUCCCUCGCCCUCUACGACCCCAAGACCCAAACCUACCGCCCUUCGCCCGCGACAAACAUCAAGAGCUUCCACGUCCAAGAGCUGGUUCACAUCCCUGCGCGAUCUCAGGACGCAGACCAAGAUGUGAUUCUGGAGGCUGCGCGCGAACAGGUCAAGCCGCCGCGCAAGCAGCCGUCGAACUUGAAGAUGCGAUUCCGUCCUGUCGGCAGCGGAGACGCUCCGGCUGAGACGCUCGGAUCGAGCGACGACGAAUCCGACGCUGAGCAGCAGCCGGCGCGCACCGCCCGCGAGGAGAAGAAGAAGAGGAAGCAUCACCAGGCGGAGGAGGAGAGCCUGCCGGCUGCCGGUUCGCCGAGAAAGAAGUCGAAGAAGGUUGCCUCUUCUUCGCAGGAUGCGGGCGAUGGCGAGAAGUCAAAGAAGUCGAGCAAGAGCCGUGAUGAGAAGAAGCAGAAGAAGUCGAAGAAGUCGGCUUGAACUUCCACUCUACGCGAUCAUUUCUAGGACUGGGUUGAUUCUUUUUUCUUUUCAUUGAAUAAAAGUUUGUUAUAGAUGGGAUGCAAGAUGUGCUAUGUGUGAGUGUGAUGUGGAUGUAUGUGCAUCAGGGCGUACGGUACCCGUUACGACUUUAGGCGUUUGUAUUGCUUGCUCAACUUUCUU